ACUGAUCAUUAGUGACAGUUGGGUGUGUCAGUAAUAUAAAUAUAUAUCCAAUGUACCACAUGAACCAAAGACGUUAUACAGUUAUAGUUUUAUGUACCGUACCACCAUUUAGAAAGCGAGCGUAGAGUGUUAGCUUUCUGGCCAAUCAUGUGACGUGUUACUGGAGCGUCAGGGAGACAAGGUUAUAAACUGGCGAGGGGUAGAUGGUCAAACUACUGAUCUUUAGCAGCAGUUGGACUCGAGCCUGUUGUUGCCUUAAGAUAUCCUCCUGUUGGGUCGACAGAGUACCAGCUCUGUACUUUAUCACACAACCCCCCACCCCCCGUCAAUUAGCGGCCAGGCUUCCUUGGGCUUGGGUCGCCACACUGACAUAGGUGCGGAGCUGCUUCAUGACGGCUCGUCAUCCCUGAAGCAUGUCCAACCUGACCAGACUCUGUUGGCAUGGUCCUGUGGAAGCAGUGAGUGUGACCCCCCACGCUGCCCAGCACCAUAUGAGACAGUGCCCCAACCGACCCCACCCCCCCAUCCGUGGAGACUACCCCAUGUGCAUCAUCUUCUUCAAGUUCGAUGCCCGUCCUGCAUCAAAUGCUUAUAGGCUCAUUCUAGCUGCCAACAGGGAUGAGGUCUACAGCAGGCUGUCCAAGAGCGCCCACUUCUGGGGAGACGGUGGUGAGAUUCUCAGUGGGUUAGACCUGGAGGAGGGUAAGGAGGGCGGCUCCUGGCUGGGCAUCAGCAGACGGGGCAGGCUGGCGGCCCUCACCAACUACAUGGAUGCCAGGCCCAAUCCGGACCGCCAGGGAAGAGGCUUUCUAGUGUCAAACUUCUUGACAGAAAGCAUGGACAGCUACUCCUACCUGAAGAAGGUGUCCUCUGAGAGCCACCUGUACAACGGCUUCAACCUGUUAACGGCUGAGUUCAGGGCCAAAGGGGACACCACUGUGUGUUACUAUGGAAACAAAGGCAGCACAGAGCCUGUGGUGCUGAAGCCAGGAGUCUAUGGGCUGAGUAAUUCCCUCCUGGAGACUCCAUGGAAGAAAUUGCAGUACGGCAAGAAUCUGUUCACCAGCGUGAUUGGCCGGGACCUCCCCACGGACGGCUUGGUGCAGGAGCUGCUGCAGGUCCUGAACAAUCAGGAGAUCCACUCGCCGGACCCAAUCCAGGAGCUCCAGGGGGAUGGCUACAGCAGCGCCAUGCUGCGGGCCCUGUCCGCAGUGUGCGUCCGGUCCCCGGGAUACGGCACGAGAUGCUUCCGGAAACGUGUCCUUCACGGAGAGAAACAUGCUGCACUGUGACAUCAACCAGUGGGAUGUGAACACCUUCCACUUCAAACUGCAGGAAUGAGGGUGGCAGGGCUCAGCGGAACAUGCUCAGCGGAACAUGCUCAGCGGAACAUGCUCAGCGGAACAUGCUCAGCGGAACAUGCUCAGCGGAACAUGCUCAGCGGAACAUGCUCCGUGUCCCCACCGCCCCCCCAGCCUUGCCUCCCCUGUGCGCUCUGAAUGUCAAGUUAAUUUGUUUAAUUAGUACAUCAGGUGUUUUUUUUUUUUUUUUUUUGUCCUCGGGGAAAAAAAGCCUUAUUUCUCAAUCUUCAUUCACAUCUGUGUGGGAAGACAGACACCUGACACUGGAAAUUCCAACUGAGAUCUCUUACACAAUCAAUGUAACAAAUGGUUUUUCUUUUUUAAUCUGCAAAUGUUAACUUUAUUAAUAAAAUUUGACCUGAAUAUAUCAAUAAACCAUUGAAUGUUU